AUGGCAGAAGACAAACGGAAGAGAGACUCCAUCCGGAUGAGCAUGAAGGGAUGCCAGACAAACAAUGGGUUUGUCCAGAACGAAGACAUCCCCGAGCAAGACCCGGAUCCAGGCAGUGUCGUGGGCAGCCCGCAGCACAACGCCGUGAGCGUCCCGGGCCCCGAGGAGGCUGACCUGCAGGACAUCCGGCCCUACGCAGGGAUGCCCAAGGAGGUGCUGUUCCGGUUCUCCAGCCAGGCCCGCUACCGCGUGCCCCGGGAGGUCCUCUUCUGGCUCACCGUGGCUACUGUGAUCCUGCUCAUUGGGGCCACCAUAACCAUCAUCGCCAUCUCUCCAAAGUGCCUUGACUGGUGGCAAGCGGGGCCCAUGUACCAGAUCUACCCUAGGUCUUUCAAGGACAGCGACAAAGAUGGGAAUGGAGAUCUGAAAGGCAUUCAAGAUAAACUGGACUACAUCACUACUUUAAAUAUAAAAACUAUUUGGAUUACUUCAUUUUAUAAAUCAUCCCUGAAAGACUUCAGAUAUGGUGUUGAAGAUUUCCAAGAAAUUGAUCCUCUUUUUGGAACAAUGACAGAUUUUGAGAACCUCAUUGCAGCCAUACAUGAUAAAGGUUUAAAAUUAAUCAUCGAUUUCAUACCAAACCAUACAAGUGAUAAACAUGCUUGGUUUCAAUUGAGUAGGACGCGGACAGGGAAAUACACUGAUUAUUAUAUCUGGCAUGACUGUAUUCGUGAAAAUGACGUAACUAUACCACCCAACAACUGGUUAAGCGUGUAUGGGAACUCCAGUUGGCACUUUGAUGAAGUGCGAAAGCAAUGUUAUUUUCACCAAUUUACGAAAGAGCAACCUGACUUGAAUUUCCGAAAUCCUGCUGUUCAAGAAGAAAUAAAAGAAAUAAUACAGUUUUGGCUUGCAAAAGGUGUCGAUGGCUUUAGUUUUGAUGCUGUUAAAUUUCUUCUAGAAGCACAUCAUCUGAGAGAUGAGAUACAAGUAAAUAAGUUUCAAAUCCCGAACAGCGUCACGCACUACUCGGAGCUGUAUCACGACUUCACCACCACGCAAGUGGGGAUGCAUGACCUUGUCCGGAGCUUCCGGCAGACCAUGGACCAAUAUAGCCGGGAACCCGGCAGAUACAGAUUCUUGGGAGCUGAGGUCUAUGCAGAGAGCAUCGACAGGACCAUGAUGUACUAUGGGUUGCCGUUCAUCCAGGAAGCUGAUUUUCCUUUCAACAAUUACCUCACCACACUAGACUCUCUUUCUGGGAACAUCGUGCAUGAUGUCGUCACAUCCUGGAUGGAAAACAUGCCAGAAGGAAGAUGGCCUAAUUGGAUGAUUGGUGGACCAGACAGUACCCGACUGACUUCUCGUUUGGGGAACCAGUAUGUCAAUAUCAUGAACAUGCUUCUUUUUACACUCCCUGGAACUCCCAUAACUUACUACGGAGAAGAAAUAGGAAUGGGAAAUAUUUUAGCCACAGAUCUCAACGAAAACUAUGAUGCUAAUACCCUUCUCUCAAAGUCACCAAUGCAGUGGGACAACAGUUCAAAUGCUGGGUUUUCUGAAGGCAAUCGCACCUGGUUACCCACCAAUUCAGAUUACCAUGUUGUGAAUGUUGAGGUCCAAAAGACUCAGCCCAGUUCGACUUUGAAAUUAUAUCAAGAUUUAAGUCUACUCCAUUCCAAUGAGUUGCUCCUGAGCAGGGGCUGGUUUUGCCUUGUGAGGAAUGACAGCCACUCUGUCGUGUACACAAGAGAGCUGGAUGGCAUAGACAGAGUCUUUAUUGUGAUUCUGAAUUUUGGAGAAUCAACACAGUUAAAUCUACAGGAAACGAUUUCAGGUCUUCCUACAAGACUGAGAAUAAAAUUAAGUACCAAUUCUGCCUCCAAAGGCAGUGAAGUUGAAACACGUGGCAUUUUUCUGGAGAAGGGAGAUGGCAUCAUCCUGGAACACAACAUGAAGAACCUCCUUCAUCACCAAACCGCUUUCAGAGAUAAAUGCUUUGUUUCCAAUCGAGCAUGCUAUUCCAGUGCAUUAGACAUACUGCACAGCUUAUGUUAGGAACCUCUAUGAAAGAGAUGGUGACACUGGUAUUUGGUUGUUGGAACUUCAUGUACAGUAUGCUGCAGGGGUAAACUUCAUGAACAGUCAUUAAUUCUUAGAUAUUUCAGUAGCUUGAAUGUAACUGCUUUAGGAAGGAUCCUCAAAGGUUUGAAAUAAAAUGUUUAAAUGAAAAUUUUUGCUCGUAGGAACAUUUAACUUUAUUGAGAUAACACCGAUAAGCGAUGUUCAGAACAUGUAGGACCCAAGAUUAUUUGAAAGCUGUAAAGCAUUUAAAUGACAAGAAUGUUUAUCUUUCUUAUUAAAUGGUAGACAUAGAAACUAGAAGAUAGAUUCACUGUCCCAAUGUCUAAAAAUACUCACUAGCAAAGAGGAAGGACAUUGAUUUGUAAACUGUUCAAAGAAAAUCCUAGUAAAACAGACAAGAACAAAGUUGUUCUGACUGGAAGGGAGGCCUGGAAUUCCAUGGCCUCCAGUCUUUCCCUUGUUCCUUUCUCCAUGUUCUUUUAAGGAACGUGAUUUAAAAACUACUUUCCCAGGCUAAGGCAUGUAUGCCAGUGGAAGAGAACAGUACAGCGAUUGUAAUACAGACUUAGCAAAACUGGAUGGAGAAGCGACUUUAAAAAAAUUGUCUAGUAACUUAAAAUCUCACAUUUGCUAAUCACCCAAUUUGGAAAUAAGACUAUGAAAUAUUUCAGUGUGUUUCCAAUUCUCAAUUGAACGUAAUAUUUCAGAAUUUUAGGUAUUUCUUAAGAUCCUCGAAAACACUGGUGCUGUCAAGUCCAAGUUCCUCAUACAGGAAUUUAAUCUGGGCUGUAAUCUAAAAGAAACACAUUUUAAAGUUAGAACUUUGUGGUAAAAUUCUAGUGUUGUAAUCCUUUCUUUGUUUAUCCAUCUUCACCUAACCCUGAAGCCAGUAAUUUAUGACAGAAGUAUUUCUAUUUGGGAUGGAGACAGAAGCUUCCAAGAAUCUAGAUUCAAUUACCUUCUUUAACAAGAGUUUCCUCAUCAAGUACACGAGAGAAU